CAAAAGCAUCCCCAGGCUGCAGCUGGGAUCCCCAUGAGCUGUCCCAGCCAGACUCACCUUUCCUGCUCCACCGGCACCAGCACCUCCCAGCACACGGAGCAGGUCCUGCCGCCUGCGCCCACAGAGACGCGGCACAGAGGUUCGGGUGCAGGUAACCGGUUGCUGACACCGAUCACUCGCUCCCAGCCUGGUUCUUGUCACCAGAGGUGCGAUGGGGCUGGGCUGUGCCAGGGUCCUGUGCUGGCUCCUGCUGGCGCAGGCAGCGUGGCGAGCAGCAGGCAGCCGCCCCUGCCAUGCCAAGGACUUCGGGCAGGGUUCUCUGGUGUGUGCCUGCAGUGCCACAUACUGCGACACGCUGGACCCGGUGGUGCUGCCGGCACCGGGCACCUACGUGCGGUACGAGAGCAGCAAGGCUGGAAAGCGGCUGGAGCGGAGCCAGGGGAGCUUCCAGCACAAUGCAGCCACUGCAGAUUUCCACCUCACCCUGGACACGGCACAACGGUACCAGCGGGUGAAGGGCUUCGGUGGCUCCGUCACAGACUCUGCUGCCAUCAACAUCCUGUCCCUGUCCAAGGAUGCUCAGCGGCACCUUCUUCGCUCCUACUUCUCUGAGGAGGGCAUCGAGUACAACCUCGUGCGCGUCCCCAUGGCCAGCACCGACUUCUCCGUCCGCCUGUACACCUAUGCUGAUGCAGAGGGUGACUUUGAGCUGAAGCACUUCAACCUGACGGAGGAGGACACGCGGAUGAAGAUCCCCAUCCUCCAGGCAGCCCAGGCAAUGGCCACGCGGCCGCUGUCGCUCUAUGCCAGCCCCUGGACCUCUCCGGUGUGGAUGAAGACGAACGGCGCCAUGACCGGGAGGGGGACACUGAAGGGCAGCCCUGGGGACAAGUACCACAAAACCUGGGCCAAGUACUUCAUCCGGUUCCUGGAUGAAUACGCCAAACACAACGUGACGUUCUGGGCGGUGACGGCAGGGAACGAGCCCACAGCCGGACAGAUCAUCUUCUAUCCCUUCCAGUGCUUGGGCUUCUCCCCCGAGCACCAGCGCGACUUCAUCGCCCGGGACCUGGGCCCUGCUCUGGCCAACAGCUCCCACCGCGACGUCCACCUCAUCAUCCUGGAUGACCAGAGGGUGAUGCUGCCCUACUGGGCUGAGGUGGUCCUCAAAGACCCCGUGGCCGCCGGCUACAUCAGCGGCAUCGGCAUCCACUGGUACCUGGACUUCCUGGCGCCCAUUGACCUCACGCUGUCCAUCACCCACCACCUCUUCCCGGAUUAUUUCCUCCUCUCCACUGAGGCUUCCGCCGGCUCCUACUUCUGGGAGCCCAGGGUGGUGCUGGGCGGCUGGGACCGUGGCAGCAAGUACAGCCACAGCAUCCUGACGAACCUCAACAACUACGUGACGGGUUGGACCGACUGGAACCUGGCCCUGGAUAUGAAGGGGGGGCCCAACUGGAGCAAGAACUACGUGGACAGCCCCAUCAUCGUGGACAGCAGCAAGGACAUCUUCUACAAGCAGCCCAUGUUCUACCACAUGGGGCACUUCAGCAAGUUCAUCCCCGAGGGCUCGCAGCGUGUGGGGCUGGCAGUGUCCAAGAGGUGCCACCGCUGUGACCUGGAGCACUCGGCCUUCCUGCGCCCCGAUGGUGCCGUGGUCCUGGUGGUGCUGAACCGCUCCCCUGUGGACGUGUCCUUUGGGAUCUCUGACCCACGGGUUGGCUCCUUCGAGGCCAUGGCUCCCAGUGACUCCAUCCAGACGUUCCUCUGGACGCAGCCAGCCUAG